CUCCUGGGGCGAACCUGGUACUUGGCUCUCCCCGAUCUUCGCGCGGGGACAUCUUCCUCGCCGUCUGCAGCCUCAAGAUCCCACCGCCUCUACUCUGCAGCCUCGGCCUGUCCCAUCCGCUCGCUUUCUUUUUUGGCACUGCCCUUUGCUCUCCCAUGGAGUCAUCUGUUUACUCUCCCUUCACUUCUAGUCACCCAUAGGUCACCCUCCACAGUCACCCAUUUUGUCCCUUCUCUCCUCACUCUUCACCUCUCCCCGGGUCGCCUUCUCAGAGGACUCAGCCGAGAGAUGCUGCGGACCCCGCGGCCAGGGUCUGCUCCCUGGAGAACCCUCUGUCCACCUUUACCCCCUCCCCAGGGGCGCAGGAGGCAAGUUUCCGCCCCGUCCUUUCCCCAGUGACAGGACUUGGCUGCGGCCACGGCCAGGGAGGCGGAGGGAGGGACGGCCUGGCUCAGGAGCCCCCUCCCCUGCUCGCGAGCUCGCGCGGUCUGUGUCUCUCUCGGCAAGUGCGGAGACGCGGAGGAGGAGGAGGAGGAGAAGGAGGAGGGAGUUGGGGGAGGAUCUCCAUUGAAAUAAACAACCAGGCAGCAGUUAUUAACACGGGAACAUGGCGGCCGCAGCCUCAGCCACAGCUUCGGCGGCGAAGGUCAGCGCCGACAGCAGCCGGCACCUGACGGCGUGACCGACCCGAGCCGUAAACAAAAUGAAGUUAGGAACCAAAGCAUCACUGUUUGAAACCUAAAGCGUUGGUAUUUAAGGAGCAAAGCUAGUCAAAGAAUAUUUGUCUACAGAAAAACAUUUCUCUUGGAUUUGGCCACAAAUUUAUAGAUCUUCUGCACUGUGUACAGGCACAGUUGCUGAUAUGUGUUCAAGAUGAGUGGGAUGGGAGAAAAUACCUCUGACCCAUCUAGGGCAGAGACAAGAAAGCGCAAGGAAUGUCCUGACCAGCUUGGACCCAGCCCCAAAAGGAGCACUGAGAAACGUAAUCGUGAACAGGAAAAUAAAUACAUUGAAGAACUUGCAGAGUUGAUUUUUGCUAAUUUUAAUGAUAUAGACAACUUUAACUUCAAACCUGACAAAUGUGCAAUCUUAAAAGAAACUGUGAAGCAAAUUCGUCAGAUCAAAGAACAAGAGAAAGCAGCAGCCGCCAACAUAGACGAGGUGCAGAAAUCAGACGUGUCGUCCACUGGGCAGGGCGUCAUCGACAAGGACGCGCUGGGCCCUAUGAUGCUUGAGGCCCUUGAUGGGUUCUUCUUUGUAGUGAACCUGGAAGGCAACGUUGUGUUUGUUUCAGAGAAUGUGACACAGUACCUAAGGUAUAACCAGGAAGAGCUGAUGAACAAAAGUGUAUACAGCAUCCUGCACGUUGGGGACCACACUGAGUUCGUCAAAAACCUGCUGCCAAAGUCUAUAGUGAACGGGGGAUCUUGGUCUGGCGAACCUCCCAGGCGGAACAGCCAUACUUUCAAUUGUCGGAUGCUGGUAAAACCUUUACCUGAUUCCGAAGAGGAAGGUCAUGAUAACCAGGAAGCACAUCAGAAAUACGAAACUAUGCAGUGCUUUGCUGUCUCUCAACCAAAGUCCAUCAAAGAAGAAGGAGAAGAUUUGCAGUCCUGCCUGAUUUGUGUGGCUAGAAGAGUUCCCAUGAAGGAGAGACCAGUCCUUCCCUCAUCAGAAAGUUUUACCACUCGCCAAGAUCUCCAAGGCAAGAUCACGUCACUGGAUACUAGCACCAUGCGGGCAGCCAUGAAGCCGGGCUGGGAGGACCUGGUGAGGAGGUGCAUUCAGAAGUUCCAUGCACAGCACGAAGGGGAGUCUGUGUCUUAUGCUAAGAGGCAUCAUCAUGAAGUGCUGAGACAAGGGCUGGCAUUCAGUCAGAUCUACCGUUUCUCCUUGUCUGACGGCACUCUUGUGGCCGCGCAGACGAAGAGCAAGCUCAUCCGCUCCCAGACGACUAACGAGCCUCAGCUCGUGAUAUCGUUACACAUGCUGCACAGAGAGCAGAACGUGUGUGUGAUGAAUCCGGAUCUGACUGGACAAGCGCUGGGGAAGCCAUUGAAUCCAAUUAGCUCUAGCAGCCCUGCCCAUCAGGCCCUGUGCAGUGGGAACCCAGGUCAGGACAUGAGCCUAGGCAGCAAUAUGAAUUUCCCCAUAAACGGCCCAAAGGAACAGAUGGGCAUGCCCAUGGGCAGGUUUGGUGGUUCUGGGGGAAUGAACCACGUGUCGAGCAUGCAGGCGGCCACUCCUCAGGGUAGCAACUAUGCACUAAAAAUGAACAGCCCCUCACAGAGCAGCCCUGGCAUGAAUCCCGGGCAGCCCAACUCCAUGCUCUCGCCGAGGCAUCGCAUGAGCCCUGGAGUGGCUGGGAGCCCGCGGGUCCCCCCCAGCCAGUUCUCCCCUGCGGGAAGCUUGCAUUCCCCCGUGGGAGUUUGCAGCAGCACAGGAAACAGCCAUAGCUACACCAACAGCUCCCUCAACGCGCUCCAGGCCCUCAGCGAGGGGCACGGGGUCUCCCUGGGGUCGUCGUUGGCUUCGCCGGACCUGAAAAUGGGCAAUUUGCAGAACUCCCCGGUUCAUAUGAACCCUCCCCCACUCAGCAAGAUGGGAAGUUUAGACUCCAAAGACUGUUUUGGACUUUACGGGGAGCCAUCGGAAGGCGCAGCCGGACAGGCCGAGAGCAGCUGCCACGCCGGGGAGCAGAAGGAAGCGAGCGAGCCCAGCCUGGCCCCGGCCGUGAGCAGCGAGAGGCCCGACGGCCAGAGCAGGCUGCACGACGGCAAGGGACAGACCAAGCUCCUGCAGCUGUUGACCACCAAAUCGGACCAGAUGGAGCCCUCGCCCUUGUCCAGCUCCUUGUCGGACGCAAACAAGGACUCCGCAGGCAGCUUGCCUGGUUCUGGGUCGACGCACGGAACCUCGCUCAAGGAGAAGCAUAAGAUUUUGCACAGACUCUUGCAGGACAGCAGUUCCCCCGUGGACCUGGCCAAGUUAACAGCAGAGGCCACGGGCAAAGAGCUGAACCAGGAGGCCACCAGCACGGCUCCUGGUUCCGAGGUGACUAUUAAACAGGAGCCAGUGAGCCCCAAGAAGAAAGAGAAUGCACUACUUCGCUAUUUGCUCGAUAAAGAUGAUACUAAAGAUAUUGGUUUACCAGAAAUAACCCCCAAACUUGAGCGACUGGACAGUAAGACAGACCCUGCCAGUAACACAAAAUUAAUAGCUAUGAAAACUGAAAAGGAGGAGAUGAGCUUUGAGCCGAGUGAGCAGCCUGGCAGUGAGCUGGACAACUUGGAGGAGAUUUUGGAUGAUUUGCAGAAUAGUCAGUUACCACAGCUUUUCCCAGACACGAGGCCAGGCGCCCCCGCCGGAUCAGUGGACAAGCAAGCCAUCAUCAAUGACCUCAUGCAACUCACAGCCGAGAACAGCCCGGUUACACCUGUCGGAGCCCAGAAAACAGCACUGCGAAUUUCACAGAGCACUUUUAAUAACCCACGACCAGGGCAACUGGGCAGGUUAUUGCCAAACCAGAAUUUACCACUUGACAUCACAUUGCAAAGCCCAACUGGUGCUGGACCUUUCCCACCAAUCAGAAACAAUAGUCCCUACUCAGUGAUACCUCAGCCAGGAAUGAUGGGUAAUCAAGGGAUGAUAGGAAACCAAGGAAACUUAGGGAACAGUAGUACAGGCAUGAUUGGUAGUAAUGCCGCCCGGCCCACUAUGCCAGCUGGGGAAUGGGCACCACAGAGUUCUGCUGUGCGAGUCACCUGUGCUGCUACCACCAGUGCCAUGAACCGGCCGAUCCAAGGAGGUAUGAUUCGGAACCCAACAGCCAGCAUCCCCAUGAGACCCAACAGCCAGCCUGGCCAAAGACAGAUGCUGCAGCCUCAGGUCAUGAAUAUAGGGCCAUCUGAAUUAGAGAUGAACAUGGGGGGACCUCAGUAUAGCCAACAGCAGGCACCUCCAAACCAGACCGCUCCGUGGCCGGAAAGCAUCCUGCCGAUAGACCAGGCCCCGUUCGCCAGCCAGAACAGGGGGAAAAAAGGUUCUCUAGUCCACGAGCCCAAGAUGAACCUGUCUCUCCACAGGCAGCCGUUCGGCAGCUCUCCAGAUGACCUGCUCUGCCCACACCCUGCAGCUGAGUCCCCAAGCGACGAAGGCGCUCUCCUGGACCAGCUCUACUUGGCCUUGCGAAACUUCGACGGCCUGGAGGAGAUCGACAGGGCUCUGGGGAUACCCGAGCUGGUCAGCCAGAGUCAAGCGGUAGACCCAGAACAGUUCUCGAGUCAGGACUCCAACAUCAUGCUGGAGCAGAAGGCCCCUGUGUUCCCACAGCAGUAUGCGUCUCAGGCACAGAUGGCCCAGGGAAGCUACACGCCCAUGCAGGACCCCAACUUUCACACCAUGGGACAGCGGCCCAGUUAUGCCACUCUCCGCAUGCAGCCCAGACCCGGCCUGCGGCCCACGGGCCUCGUGCAGAACCAGCCGAACCAGCUGAGGCUUCAACUGCAACAUCGCCUCCAAGCACAGCAGAACCGCCAGCCACUUAUGAAUCAAAUCAGCAAUGUUUCAAAUGUGAACUUGACUCUGAGGCCCGGAGUACCCACACAGGCACCUAUCAAUGCCCAGAUGCUGGCCCAAAGACAGAGGGAAAUCCUGAACCAGCAUCUUCGACAGAGACAAAUGCAUCAGCAGCAGCAGCAAGUUCAGCAACGAACUUUGAUGAUGAGAGGACAGGGGUUGAACAUGACGCCAAGCGUGGUGGCUCCUAGUGGUGUGCCAGCAACUCUGAGCAACCCCCGGAUCCCCCAGGCAAAUGCACAGCAGUUUCCAUUCCCUCCGAACUACGGAAUAAGUCAGCAGCCUGACCCAGGCUUCACUGGGGCCACAGCCCCCCAGAGCCCUCUGAUGUCGCCCAGAAUGGCACACACCCAGAGCCCCAUGAUGCAGCCGUCCCAGGCUAACCCGGCCUACCAGGCCUCCUCGGACAUGAACGGGUGGGCGCAGGGCAGCAUGGGUGGAAGCAGCAUGUUUUCGCAACAGUCCCCUCCCCACUUUGGACAGCAAGCGAACACCAGCAUGUACAAUAACAACAUGAACAUCAACGUGUCCAUGGCGACCAACACGGGUGGCAUGAGCAGCAUGAACCAGAUGACAGGGCAGAUCAGCAUGACCUCAGUGACCUCCGUGCCUACGUCGGGGCUGUCCUCCAUGGGUCCCGAGCAGGUUAACGAUCCUGCUCUGAGGGGAGGCAGCCUUUUCCCAAACCAGCUGCCCGGGAUGGACAUGAUUAAGCAGGAGGGAGACGCAUCACGGAAAUACUGCUGACACGGAAGGGAGCUGGUUGCCUCUUUCUUCAGCUGAUUGGGCUCACGUGCUCAAAACGCUUACCAGUCUGGAGAGCUGCGUCUAUUUGUUUUGACCCAACCGACCUGCCAUCCAGUCCUGCCAGAGCGAGAGGGGCCAACGGCCUGGGCCCUGGCCGCAGGGUGGACCCCCGGCUGCUGCGGGAGGAGCGGCCUUGUGUGCUGACGGCCUGCAGCCCACGCCCGGACAGUCGCUCCGUCUGUUCACUGCAUUCACCUUAGUGCAACUUAGAUCUCUCCUGCCAAGUACAUGUUGACAGGCAAACUCCAUACCCGUGUCAGAUUGAAUGUAUCUAAAUGUAUGUGUUUAAGGAAAACACCCACGCUCUUGUUCUAUUCCUGUCUUGUUCCAGAUACUGGUUUCUUGCUUUGUUUCCCCUGGCUAACCAGUCCAGUACAAAAGAUUAAAAUUCCAUCUGGGGGAAGGAAACAAAUUAAAAAAAAAAAAUCAAACAAAAAGUGUUUUAAGCUAAGCCUGCCUUUGGGAUGAAAGCGGGGCAGACGCACAGACCGCGCUGUGGGUACAGAGACAGCGCCACGCAAAGACCAUAGAUGUAUCUUUGUGAAGGCUCUCGAGACCCUGUUGGAAAGAGCUUCCAGUUACUGAACAGAUGAAAAGGAGCCUGUGGGAGGGCUGUUAAUAUAAACAAGUACUUUCCCCCGCCUUUUUUUUUUCUUUUGUUCAAACCAAGUGAACUCACCCAAAUCAUGAAUCGAGAAGAGAUACUUUUCAUUUCCAAAUUCAGUUCCCUUUAGAUUGAUCAGACAGCUCGAAUCAGCCCCUCCUCUUCCAUCUGAUCCCACCUCUGCCCUUCCCCAGUUCUCCCCGCUUUCAUUCUUUUUUUUUAAAUAAAAGCAACAGAAACCAGGUAAUCCCAUUAUUUCCUGACAUGUUUUGCCAGCCCCUUACCAAUUGCUCACUAUUAAAUUUCAGAAAAAUGUAUUUACUGGCAAGGAGAGGAGCAGAGUUAGGACUUGAUACCCAGCACACCGGGGACACCUGCUUUGGAGGCAUGUUAUUCGAUUCCCCAGCAACACUGGCCUACAAAACGGGAGGAGAUAAUAGUGUGCUUCAAAUUGACAGCAGAUAUCACGACAGAUUUAACCUCCACCAUGUGUUUUUUAUUUUGUUUUUUAGCAGUGCUGACUAAGCCGAAGUUUUGUAAGGUACAUAAAAUCCAAUUUAUAUGUAAACAAGCAAUAAUUUAAGUUGAGAACUUAAGUGUUUUAAUUGUAUCAUUUUUGUGAGGUAUACAUAUUGUGGAAUUGACUCAAAAAUGAGGUACUUCAGUAUUAAAAUUAGGUAUCUUCAUAGCAACGUCUCCUAAAGGUGUUUUGUAAAGGAUCUCAAUGCCUUGAUUAGACCUAAUUUGUAGACUUAAGACUUUUUAUUUUCUAAACCUUGUGAUUCUGCUCAUAAAUCAUUUAUCUAAUUAAUCUAUAUGAUAUGCAGCCGCUGUAGGAACCGAUUCUUGAUUUUUAUAUGUUUAUAUUCUUUCUUAAUGAACCUUAGGAAGACUACAUGUUACUAAAAAGCAGGCCACUUUUACGGUGGUUUUUCUUGCCCAUUCUGGUAGGGGAAUAAUCUUUUCUUAAUUGGCAUCAGUUUCAGACAGCUGGAAUACCAAGAAACUGGUGACCUUUUUUGAGCUAUGUCUCCCCAACUCCUGAUACACAUACUUUCUUACCUAAAUUUCAGAGUGAUGUCUUUUUGAUGUCCAAAAAGCAAAGCUUUUUAUAUCUCAUUAGCCAGGCUUUUUAGGAACAGAGAGGUUUUUCCUUGAACUUUGAUGAUUUUGUGGCAGGGUGGAAACCAUACCGACUAGCCCUGUUUGUAUUUCUCUCUCUCUGUGUGUCCAGACUGUGGAAGGAUAGAAACAGACAGCGCCCAAAGAUAAACGGGAAGGAGACAGUCUGAAAGUGUUGCUCCACACUAAAGACAUUUUCUGGAAAUUUGCAUUUCGAUACUUUUUUCCACUUGAGGGGGGUCUCGCUACAGGGAAGUGGCCAAGGAACAGCACUUCUCAGGGGCCACCAGUUCACAUGUCCCCCUUGAAAGGCUCUACUUUUCUCAACCAGAGACCAUUGGGUUGCCCAACCGUGAUGGGAAGAAACAAGCAGAUGUCGGCCCAGAACUCCAAUCCUCGUUGGUGCGAUGGGCUGAUGAUCCACGCCAUUUAAUGUGACCAGUUUCAAGUUUUUAGAAACAUGUGAAUUAGAAAGACUUUAAUGUCACACAGCACAAAAGAGAAAGGGAGUUUAAACUGGAUUUGUUUGUUUGUUUUGAGUUUUAAGUCCCUUUUCACUGUCACACUGUCCCCAAAUAUCUGUGUACCUUUUUUAUUGUUUCUCCACCCGCCCACUGUGUUUUCAUGUCAGUCCCAAUUUGGACAAAUCUGCAAACCUGGGAUACUGGUAUUCAGAAUAAUUCAUAGUCAUUACUGUUUUGAAGGAAGAGAGAUUGUCAGUUCUCUUAUGGCUCAGAGUAGGUAAUAGGGAUUUUGCUUUAUAUCCAAUUAAGAGUCAGUGACGGACUCCUGGCCAUACUGAUCCCUGUAGAAGCAAAAGCCAAAUGGACCGCUCAUUAUCAGUAUUUCUCACACUGAACACAAUAAACUUGUUAGACUGAGUACUUGGUUUUUGUUUAACAGAACAAAUAAUCAGUUUUACUUAUAUUAAUAAAUGUGAAAAACACAUAAUGUGAAAAGUAUACAUUCAUUAACUUGGUUGUAAAACUCAUUUAAGUGUUCAUGUAACGUGGUAAGUUUAAAAAGUGACGUGAGCUGUUUUCCCUGCGAUGAAUUUGUUUGACUCGAAGAUUCAAAACGCCCCCUCCCACGUGUAUCUCUUACGGCCUGUACCAACUGAAAGCAAUGUUUUUGCAGUUUAUAUAAUGCGGUUUUUAAUCUGUGUUUAAAAAUGGAGUUCAUAUGGGCUUAACACAUGAAAUGAGUGGCACAGACCCACUUGCAGAACCCAAAGAUACACAAUCAAUUUUGAAAUGCAACUUAAGCCAUUAAUUGUUGGUGUGAAUUUAAAAUUUUCUAGUAUUUGUAUGGUAGUAUGCUGCCUAGGAGCAAAGCAUUCUCUGCACAAAAGAAAAUUACUGUAGCGGCUUCGAUUUUCAUUAGAAUUUUCUCCCUGGUGUUUCUUUAUAGACUAAAACAAAAUCUUUUAAGUUUCUUACUACAGGUAAAAGCUAUGUGCAAGAACCUCAAAAUGCUAAAAUCUAGCAUAAUGCCUUAGAUCUGUUUUUAAGUCUUGUAUAUUCCUACAUAGCUGUCCGAUGUAUUAUAUUUGUAUAGUGAAUUGUGUACAAUUUUUUGAAUAAGUGCAUCAUCACUUAACCUUUAUGUUGUUGAACAGUGAUGAUGAGGCAUUUCUUCAAACAUUUAACUGUCAUUUUUUUUUCUUAUGCCAUUUGUGGGUUUUAUUUGUACAGUUCCUCAUGAAGUUGCAUCUGAGAUGUGUGUAUAUGAAAAGAUUAUACAAGGGUAAAAUUAAGCAAUAUAUUACCUAUGGUUCUUCAGGAGAAAGCUUACAGUGUUUCAGGUUGUGAUUUAUUUUCAAAAUGGAGUUGACUCCGGACAUCACUUUGUUCAGCUGCAUUGAUGUUUGUAUUUCUAGUGUGAGCAGUUUAUGCAAAGGUAGAUAUAUUCAGAGAAAUUUUAAAUACAUUUAUGCAAGUUAAUAUUGCUUUGCUGAUGCUAUUUGCUUAUUUGAUGUUAAAUAAUGCUAUUGUAAAUAAAGAAUUCUGUUGUUAUUGCAUCAUUUAAUAAAUUUUAAUGCCUUCGGGUUUUACAUGGCUUUGGA